GCGGCGGCGCCCCGCUCGACACCGGCGACCAUGGCUCUGAUGGCCAUCUUCGUAUUCCUCCUCGUCGCCGCGCUGCAUGUGCUCGACAGCAUGCUCGAUCUCGCCAGGAAGAGGGGAUCAUUAAGCGAUGCGCAGCUCAAAUUACGGGUGGAAAUUUCGGAGAUCAACAAAGAGGCCAGCCUUCUGUCAACGCCCUCGACGUUUGCGCAGUGCGCAAAGCUCAAGCGGCUGGCUGUUGCUAAAGAGAAGGAACUUGCAAAGUUGCAACAGUCGGACGUUAAGGGGAAGCAGUCUUUACAUGACAAAUAUGGAAAAGUUUUGUUGGUUACCAAGGUCCUAACCUAUGGUCUGCUCAUUCUGUGGUUUUGGAGUGCACCUGUAACUACUGUACCCAUGCAUCUUCUGCAGCCCUUUGGAAGGAUGUUCUCCUGGAGAGGUAUCGAUCCUGCUACAGGCCAUGUUGUGGUUGGAAUUAUCCCAUGGCUAUUUUUGACUUCUCGCGUCAGCAAAUUAUUAUCCCAAAAACUUGUCCCCAUUUUUCUGCAUUAGUAGAUCAUUUUGAUGAGUUAGACGUGAUUUGAGUUUUUUGUUCUCUCUCACAUUUUGUACAUGACCGUUCUGCCUGAUUUUGUACUUCUGCAACA